CCCGGAACUGUGAAUAUGAUCAAUUAGAACUCUCCGAAAACUUUGAACGAAAUGUAACAGCCGAUCGUUCGAAAAGAAUCAAAUCACUGUCGCCGAUUCGCGCGAACAAAGCUCAAAUGUUUAUCCGCUCCGCAGCUCCGCGAUCUCGCAGAGUGUGAUUUUUUUCCCUUACUGCUUUCCAACAGGUUGAAGACGUUCAUUUCUCAACAUGCCGCAACAAAAGGAUAUAGUAAAGAUCGCGAUUCAGAUGCCAGGCGCAUACCCGCAGCUCAUUCAGCUAGACCAGAAAAAGCCCCUCACUGCUGUCAUAAAAGAGGUUUGCGAUAAGUGGAAUCUUCCGGGUCCUGACAACUAUGCUCUGCAGUAUGCAGACGGGAUCCAGACGUACAUCACUGAAUCUAAUCGCCUAGACAUCAAAAACGGCAGCAUCCUGCGUCUAACCAAAGCACCAGGCCGUUGCGCUGAAGAUCUGUAUAAAGGCAUUCAGAGUUCAGACUCCGGCGUGCGCUGUGACUCUCUCAAGCUGCUGGCCGAUGUCUCCACCGACAUUACGUUCGCUCAAGAGUUUAUCAGCCGCGAUGGACACUCCCUGCUCGUCAAGAUAGUAGAGGACGCUCACGAGGCUCCUCUGAUAAUGACACACACUCUUACUGCUUUCAUGGAGCUCAUGGAUCAUGGCAUUGUGUCGUGGGAGAAUUUGUCCAGUGUCUUUAUCAAAAAGAUCGCCAGUUUUGUGAAUGCAAAGGUUCUGGACACGUCUAUCCAGCAGGUGUCGCUGGCUAUCCUGGAGAGCAUGGUGCUCAGCAGCAGCAGUCUCUUUAAUGAGGUCAAACAAGAAAUCACCCUGGAGAGACUCAUUUCCCAUCUUCAGGUAACAAACCAGCAGCUGCAGACUAAGGCCAUGGCUCUGUUGAUGGCGAUGCUGCUGGCUGGUGGAGAAUCGGACAGACAGGAGCUCUUUGAAUUUCUUGAAAAGAGGAAUCUACGCCAAUACAUUCACAAGAACAUCAUCCACAGCUCUAGUUCAGUUGGAGAUGAGAUGGCCCACUACCUGUAUGUGCUGCAGACGGUCCGUCUGAACCACCUGGAGGCCCGUAUGAGAACGCCUCUCGACUCCUACAACCAGGAUCAGAGGGACAUGCUUCACGGGCUCAGACAGGCAGCGUUUGAGACCGAAAGCGAGAGCGGUCUGAGUAACGAACGCAGGCGUUCCCUCUGCGCUAAAGAGUUUAAGAAACUCGGCUUUUCUAAUAACAGUAAUCCUGGUCAGGACCUGAGCCGGUGUCCUCCGGGUCUCCUGGCGUUGGACACCAUGGCGUACUUUGCCUCGCGGUAUCCCGAUGCUUACAGCAGGUUUGUGCUGGAGAACAGCAGCAGAGAGGACAAGCACGAGUGUCCGUUUGCUCGCAGCAGCAUCCAGCUCACCCUCAUCUUGUGCGAGAUCUUGCGCAUCGGAGAACCCCCCUCUGAGACCGGUUCAGACUAUCAUCCCAUCUUCUUUGCUCAAGACCGCCUGCUGGAGGAGCUUUUCUGCAUCUGCAUUCAACUCCUCAACAAGACGUGGAAGGAGAUGAGAGCCACGCAGGAGGACUUUGAUAAGGUGAUGCAGGUCGUCCGGGAGCAGAUCACCAGGACUCUGUCCAGCAAACCCACGUCUCUGGAGCUCUUCAAGAAUAAGGUGAACGCUCUGAACUACAGCGAGAUCCUCAAACUGAGACAGACGGAGAGACUCCACCAGGAAGAGACGCUUGCUCCACCUGUGCUUGAGCUGAAGGAACGUCUGAAGCCGGAGCUUCUGGAGCUCAUCCGACAGCAGAGACUGAACCGUCUGUGUCACGGGACGCUCUUCCGGAAGAUCAGCAGCCGACGGAGACAAGACAAGCUCUGGUAUUGUCGGCUGUCUCCUAAUCACAAAGUCCUGCACUAUGGAGAUGUGGAAGAGGAGACGGAAAUGCCCUCCAUUGAGGCUCUUCAGGAAAAGAUUCCUGUCGCAGACAUCAAGAAUGUGGUAACAGGGAAAGACUGUCCUCACAUGAAGGAGAACAAGGGAAAACAGACUAAGGAAGUGUUGGACUUGGCGUUCAGCAUCACAUAUGACGUUGAAGAGUAUAGCUUGAAUUUCAUUGCCUCUUCCAGAACAGAUUUCUGUCUGUGGACGGACGGCCUUAGUGUGCUCCUGGGUAAAGAGAUGAGCAGCGAGAGCAUGCGCAGCGAACUAGAGAUUCUCCUCUCGAUGGAAAUCAAGCUCCGCCUCCUGGACCUGGAAAACGUCCCGAUCCCAGACACGGCACCGCCGAUCCCCAAACCGCCCAGCAACUUCAACUUCUGCUACGACUUCAGCCAGGCCGAACAAUAGCGCACAGGCCGUAAGCAUGCGGUCAGCAGCGGUCACUGCGUUGCAGAGACAGGAAACAACAGGAAAUGGCCCCUGGGUGGCAGCAAAAAUGCAGGUUUCGAAUUGGGAGACAUUUGAUAGUGUUACAGGGCUUGAAAUGAGUGAGAGAGAGAACACUUUGUGAUUGUUCGUCUGUGGUGCUGUGCUGCAAUAUAAGUGCCUGCAGUGGAUAAGUCUUGAGUGUUUUUAUUAGUUAAAGGCUUGACGUGUUUUAUCUAGCGUGUCUUUUUUUUUUGUCAGAAGACCUGUAUGAAACUCUCUGGUCUGAACGCACAUUUUGUCUUGUGGUACUUUUUCCCUAUUUUAUUUAGCUUCUACCAAAAUCGUACUAAAAAGUAUUACAUCAAGCAGCCUACUCGGAAGGGGGAAAAAAAAAAUCAAGUAUGUUAUAAACGUUUGUGCUUCGUGCUGGCAUCCUUAUUCAUUCUCUUCAUGAGGCUCAAAACGGUACUCGUCUAGUACUAUGUUUUACAGUUUAACAUUUAUUACAAUUGUCGAUUAAUAGCUUAUCAUAAAAGAGCGCUGAUAUGCUUAGAACGUUUCUGUUUAUACUAAUGCAUGGGUGGCAUUACUGCAUUGGCAAAGUCUGUUGCAUUAUUAGGUGCAUAUUAAAGGUCAUUGAGCUGGAUUAAAUAAUCAACAAAUUUGGUACUGAAAAUAUUUUCUGUCGUUGGAGGAGUAGUUUGGCCAAGUGGUUUGGAGACACUGAAUAUUAUCGGUGUGAUUUGAUAUUUUUAAUUUUGUCACUUAAUCCAUAUUUUCAAUUUACUUGAUGAGUAUGACUUCACGUUUUAUUUUGGUCCAGCUGCCUGUUUUGAAAUAGCCAGUUUCCCUUCGGUUCAGAAUACCACUAGCCGUGUAGGAUUUGACAUCAGUGUUUUUUGUGUGGGAGAAAAUCAUUUUUCUGUUAAAAAAAAAAUAAUAAUAAUUGUAAUAAUAAUGAUUGUGCCAUUUUAUAUUUUGGCUAGAUGGUUUCAUUGCCGAAUAACAAGCACUUCAUAGUAUGUUGAUUUCUAAUGCAUACAAUGUAUCAAGAUCAAACAUAUGCGAUUAAAAAAAUAUUCUGUGGUGCCGUCGUAAAGUGCAUUCAUGGAGCUGACAACUUUAAUGCCUGGAACAUCUGCAGGAUAUAUAUAUAUAUAUAUAUACACACACACUUGUUCUUUUGUGGUUUUCACAAAUCUAAUGAAAACAUUGAUCUAGCAAAAAACGGUACUGUAUUUGCUUUGUAUAUAGCUUUCCUUGUUCUGAUUUUGUGUAACAAUCUUGAUCAAUAAUGUGGCCACUCUACCAGCUGACAAUGGUACGUGAUAUUAAUUCAAGUCCUUUGUAUGGAAUAAAAGAAUAUAUAUAUUAUUAUAAUA